AUGGUAGCCACUGUGUCCAUUGAGAGGAGUUACCAGGUUAGCGCCGAACUGAUGUCGUGUUUGACCUUGAAUGAUGCGCGCGCACUUUUCUCACAGAAAAGACAGGGACGUAGACAGGGACGUAUACGGGGACGUAGACAGGGACGUAUACGGGGACGUAGACAGGGACGUAGACAGGAUAUAUACGGGGACGUAGACAGGGACGUAGACAGGGGCGUAUACGGGGACGUAGACUGGGACGUAGACAGGGGCGUAUACGGGGACGUAGACAGGGACGUAGACAGGGACGUAUACGGGGACGUAGACAGGGACGUAGUCAGGGACGUAUACGGGGACGUAGACUGGGACGUAGACAGGGACGUAUACGGGGACGUAGACAGGGACGUAGACAGGGACGUAGACAGGGACGUAUACGGAGACGUAGACAGGGACGUAGACAGGGACGUAUACGGGGACGUAGUCAGGGACGUAUACGGGGACGUAGACAGGGACGUAGACAGGGACGUUGACAGGGACGUUGACAGGGACGUAGACAGGGACGUAGACAGGGACGUAUACGGGGACGUAGACAGGGACGUAUACGGGGACGUAGACAGGGACGUAGACGGGGACGUAGACAGGGACGUAGACAGGGACGUAUACAGGGACGUAGACGGGGACGUAGACAGGGACGUAGACAGGGACGUAUACGGGGACGUAGACGGGGACGUAGACGGGGACGUAGACAGGGACGUAGACAGGGACGUAGACGGGGACGUAGACAGGGACGUAGACGGGGACGUAGACAGGGACGUAGACAGGGACGUAGACAGGGACGUAUACGGAGACGUAGACAGGGACGUAGACAGGGACGUAGACAGGGACGUAGUCAGGGACGUAUACGGGGACGUAGACAGGGACGUAGACAGGGACGUAGACAGGGACGUAUAUGGGGACGUAGACAGGGACGUAGACAGGGACGUAGACAGGGACGUAUACGGGGACGUAGACGGGGACGUAGACAGGGACGUAGACAGGGACGUAGACAGGGACGUAGACGGGGACGUAUACGGGGACGUAGACAGGGACGUAGACGGGGACGUAGACAGGGACGUAGACAGGGACGUAGACAGGGACGUAGACGGGGACGUAGACGGGGACGUAGACGGGGACGUAGACAGGGACGUAGACAGGGACGUAUACGGGGACGUAGACAGGGACGUAGACGGGGACGUAGACAGGGACGUAGACAGGGACGUAGACAGGGACGUAUACGGGGACGUAGACAGGGACGUAGACAGGGGCGUAGACAGGGACGUAGACGGGGACGUAGACAGGGACGUAGACAGGGACGUAUACGGGGACGUAGACAGGGACGUAGACGGGGACGUAGACAGGGACGUAGACAGGGACGUAUACGGGGACGUAGACAGGGACGUAGACGGGGACGUAGACAGGGACGUAGACGGGGACGUAGACAGGGACGUAGACAGGGACGUAGACGGGGACGUAGACAGGGACGUAGACAGGGACGUAUACGGGGACGUAGACAGGGACGUAGACGGGGACGUAGACAGGGACGUAGACGGGGACGUAGUCAGGGACGUAGACGGGGACGUAGACGGGGACGUAGACGGGGACGUAGUCGGGGACGUAGACGGGGACGUAUACAGGGACGUAGACAGGGACGUAGACAGGGACGUAGACAGGGAGGAGCCGUUCAGUCCUCCGUGA